AUGGCGCAAGCAAGGAUGCAGACACUCAUCUCCACACGCAAGAUCGAUGCGAUUCUUCAUAGUAAUGCGGACUUCCGCGGGCUCAUGGCAAGUCUGUACGGUCAACGGUACGAGUGGCUUCAAGAUGCGGACCUCGGAGACGCUCGUUGGGGGGUGACCCAAGAAGAGGGCGUCGAGGAUCUCGCCGCGCAAGCCAAGGCAGCCGAAGACGACGGUCGGAGUUUGGAAAACCGGAAGAGAGAUAUCAUGCUCAGGAAGCUUGUCGAAGGCGGCGACGAUCUAGAAAGGUGGGCCAAGGUCCUGGGCUUCGAGGGCACCAGCUUCUCCCGGGCUGAGAUCGAAGCCGUCGCAGCAAAGAUGAGGACCGAAUCUGGAUUGGUGGAAGGCGAAGGCCGUCCUGCUUAUGGUGUGGGAGAGGAGAGAGAGGGCAUCAGCGGUCCGGAUACCACUGGGUGUCUGGACGGACCCGAAGGUACGUACGGUCCUUCGACGUACGCAGGUCAGUCGAGCCUCCUCGUCGACGAAGAGCCGGUCCAGCCUGAGUCAGUACCGCGAGCCCCUGCCGAGGGCGGAGAGGCACCCAGGAACCCCUUUACGACGGAGUGGCGUGCCCGCGAUAACCCCGGAAACUGGAAGUGGCCGCAGACCCUUGACCCCUAUUACAGCAGCAACCAUUUCAUCAGGAGGUCGACGAAGUACAAGCAUCCUGAAUGGAACUCUCCACCAGACGAUGACGAUGAUGAAGAGGAAGACGAGGAGGAAGAUAACGAGGAUGAUUCAGCUCAGGAAUGGGAAAGAGAUGAUUCUGAGGGUGAAAGGAUGCCCCCGACAGUCAAAAAGACAAGGGCCGAAAAGGUUCACGGUUACGUACUGCCUAGAGGCAGUGAAGAUGGACGAGCUUCUGUUCGCUUCUCGGGAGUUACGGAGUCGCCUCCAAAGCCUCAAGGUCCUGUGAAAUCCCCUUUCGUUUUGGACACCAGGGCAACGCCUCCGCGCGAUGAUACGACUGCCCCCUAUAUCACCGUCGCCGACACAUCAUCAUCCACUGGGCAUCGUUUACCCGCAAGCCGAUCUGGACGCGGCAGUCGUCUCUUGAGAAACUCUGCCCUCGCCCCUCCAUCGACACAACCCCCUCGUAUCUUCACUCCCGUUAGAGAAAUCUAUGUUUCCGAAUCCGCAUCGCCCAGCACCGCGUCAGAGGCAUCCGACGUCGAUAUGGUCGACCCCGGACCCGAAGAUGCCGAUGCUGCUGCUACCACUACCACCAGAAACGACGGCGAGACCUCUGAAGACCUCCGCAGCAGACCCUACGACAGCCAGUGGCUCAUCAACUGGUUCAGACAAGACCCCGCCACCACGGAAGAGGACCUGCGCAUGAUCGACUACAAGGGCUGGCGCGUCCCCGCACCCAAACUCCAGCUCGUCCGCAUCAAAAACUUCCUCGCGGACGAGGACACUGACCGCACCCUCGACUGGAAGCGCAAGUGUGCCGAGAUUGGCGAGUUCUUGCAGUACUGCAUCCGCAUGGACGGCGUCACCGAAAAGGACUGGUACGUCGACCUCCGCGAGGCGAUCAGCAUGCUGCAUACCCACAAGCUGUUCGAAGACCACCACUACGGCACGAAGAAGCUCGUCGUCGAUUUCCCCAAAAUGGGCGCCGUCAGCACGCGACUGCCACCCUUACUCGACGGGCGCGACAUCGUCGUCGAGAAGAGGGCUAGGGAUCCCGUGCGGCCUCGUUACCUCCUACACCGCGUGCCCGAGUCCGUCCAGGACGUCGACUACCAGAUCCCCGGACCGCUGCUACGAAUGGCAUUUCUCAAGUGGUUCCGCGAGGACGGGAACCUCGUGUGGGCCGCGGACCCGAACAGCGACGAGGCGCCCGGCUCGGGAGAGCGCGGGCAGAAAUUCGGGUACGAGCCAGACUUCAACAUGGCGCUCACGGAAGACGAGUGGUUCGAAAAAUGCAUGACGGGAGGGCCCGAGGCGACCUCGGACGAGCUCCACGGCGAGGCCAACUUUUACCUCCUCAUGGAUGAGUACGUCGGCGGCGAGGUCAACACGUACGAGGACGAGGGCAAGACGCGCAAGUUGCAGAAAUUCUACCCCGAGGGCGAGACGCAGCAGCGCUUCGCCCGUUUUCGCGGAGCAAAGCGCGCGGCGCUGCAGCAGUGUCUCUCGCAUUUCAACAGCGAGGAGAACGUGGCGCUCGCGAGUCCCUUUCGAAAACUGGUGCUGCCGCUGACCAAGAGGGAGAGGGCGGCUGCGCUGGCUGAUGCGAGGCGGGAUAUCGUGUACAAGCCUCACUCCGUCAAGGCGCCGCCGCCGGAGACCAAGCUUGACCCGCUCGGUAUCACGUACUGGCAUAACCAGAUGCAGGUUGCCAAUCGCGACCGCGCGUGUACACUGUGGAAGAAAACGGUGCGUAGUCACGAGAAGUUGCUGGAGGACAUGGGGGUCGACAAGGACACGGUGAGGCUCCCCGAGCAGCUGUACGGUCCCGUCACACCCUGGCAUUUCUUGAGGAAGAGCGAGAGGAGGGUGCUCAUCGACUUUCAUUACCUGCGCACCCUCCGCGAGAAACUCACGAGUGCGUACAAUAAAGAUCCGCGGGAGAUGCUCGAGGGCGUGAUCAAGAACAUCGAGUACGGGCUCAAGGGGGCGCCCUCGUGGGACGUGGAGGAGGUCCUGGCUGCCCACCGGGAGAAGAACGGCGGACACUGUCGCCCCCUCAAACAAUGGGAGGUGGAUUGGCUAAGGUUUGUCUGCGGGCCGUCCACGACGGUCAAGGCCCAGCAGUCGGUGCUCCCGAAGCUGGGGCGCGACUUUGAGGUGUUUGUCGCGCGGAUGCAGGCGCUGCUGAACGAGCCGAGCCAGGUGUGUCUCUUUGCGGGGCAGGAUCGCAAGAACACGCUGCCGCGGGUUGCCGGUGCCCUCAACGACGGGAUUCGAACGGGCGACUAUUUCUUCACUGAUGAUUUGGUGAAUAAGUACAGCAAGGUGCUGGCCGAAUAUGGAAGACUCACCUACGAACGCUCAGAAACUGGCGAGGUCUCCAUAAGCCGACCCAAAAACGACUGGCACCCAGAACACCGUAUGAACUGGGACAUAGGCACCGACUGGGCCCAAGAAACGGACCAGAACAAGCUCUUGUACCACCGCCUCAACGUUCCAAACCCAUUCGGCACGUGGGAAUGGCCCUCGGCUUUCGCAAAGUUGGACGAGAUCAACCUGACGCGCACGCUGACGAAGGAGCUCCUCUGGACCCUCGGCUACCGCCUCGGCGUCGAGCUCGCCAGGUGUGUCGUGAACCUCCCCAUCAUCAACCAGCGCCUUAAUCACGGCAACGACUGGGAGUACCGCAAGACGCAGCUGCAAGACGUCCUGGGCAUGUGGGGCAGCAGCUUCUCGCGGGACAGGCCCGGCGAGGAGGACACGGUCACGCCGCGGGUGUCGUACAAGAGCGUCGUAAAGGCAGGCGAGCCGCAGACGUGGACGGAGGAGAUGACGGAGGAAGAAGCGCGCGAGGUCGUCCGGCGGGGCAUCAUAGACGAGCUCUCGCGGGGCCACGGGACGCUGUGGCCCAGUCGGCCGCGGUGGUUCCACAGGCGCCGGGACGACAAGCGCUUCAUGACGCUGCACCGCGAGCGGAUCUGGGACUGGGCGUCUCCCGGCGUGUGCGGCAAGAAGAAGCGGCAGUUCUUUUCGAUGAACCGGUGGCCGGUGCAUCUGCAGAGCAGAGAGCGGCAGGAAGAGAUCAGGCGGAGCGUGACGGACGAGGGGUUGCGGAAGCAGGCCGAGGCCGACGAGCUGCGGACGAAGAUGGCGAGGCUCGCGGAGAGCGUGAGGCCUACUGCGGACGAGAUUCGGCAGACGCAGAUAGCGCAGAUGCUUUCUGUGCCGUAUCAUGUUGGCGACGAUCGGAGGACCGAGUUUUUCCCUGGUGUGACGGAGUACUGGGGUGGCGAUACCGAGUCGCAGAGGCGGGAUCUUGAGAGGCGUGCGGAGGCGAUGAUUAAUGAAGAGCUAUUUCCCAACGACGGCAUUGCGCCUCGCGGAACGAGAUGGAUCAGUCGUGAGGCGGUCCAGACGCCCGGCGCUGAAACCCCUGAAGUGAUAGAAAUUGAUCCGGACCUGGUGCCGAGAAGCGUUCCGGCCUGGGUCCCCUCGGGGCGAAGGACGUCGUCGGCAGCGGGUGGGGCUAGUGCGGAGGAAACUCAGCCGACGCCGGCGACGGGCCGGCAGUCGCUGUUCCCACCACGGCAUCCACCGCGGCAGAGACGAGUGCGAUUUAACGUCGCGGCUCAGGAGGGUAGCGAUUCGGAGAAGUAG